AUGCCGCCUCCACCAGGGGACGCCCCCUCUUCGUCGCACUGCGGCCGUGAAAGCGGGUCGCAGCAGCGAGCUAAGGCCGCUGGCUCACCCGUCGUGCGCUACGUGCAGCGUCCCGGCCCUGGCAUCAUCACUGAGGUCAGCAGCCCGAGAAACUUUGGGAUCAUGCCGCCUCCACCGGGUUUGUCCCCAACAAAGCGCUGGUCCGCGGCCCUGGAGCGGCCGCCCACGCUCCUUCAUGGGACGCCCCCUCAUUGCCAUGCUGCAGCCGUGGACGCGGGUCACAGCAACGAGCUGAGGCUGCUGGCUCAUCCGCCGUGUGCUAUGCGCAUGAGGAAUGCCGUCGAGGUCCCGCCGCACGGUGAAGCGUCAGAGCGGUGGAGCUAUCCAGCCCGGGUCCCCGCCGAUGAGCGCCCCGGCCCUGGCAUCAUUCAUAAACGCUCCAAGCUGCGUUAUCCGCCGGCUUCCGCCUGUGUUAGCACAGCGAAGCGUCAGAGCGGCGGAGCUGUGCCAGCCUGGGUUCCCGCUGAUGAGCGCCCCGGCAUCGUCACCAAGCCUCCACCUUCUCCACCCUGUGAAUGCACUAAUCACCCAGUGCUUCUCAAAGAUCUCCUCCCCAAGGAGCAGCGUGAGGCCAUCAUGCAACGUCGAGCAAAGGAGUUCCAGCAACACAAAGCAAGGACAUCAUCUGUUCUGUCCAAACUCCUCUAUGCUUUGCCAAACUCUCCUCUGCAGUAUCCCAUCCAAGGCUACACAGUGCGGCCUUUGACCCCAACACUAAUACCAGUAUUAGGGCUGCAUGCAGGAGAAAGAGACAGCUACAAGGUGUUCUUGAAUGUGUCCAAAGGCAUCCUGACGACAGCGACUGCAGACACACAGGUGACAGUUAAAGGUGCUGGUACGAGAGAAUUGUCCAUUGAGUCCAGCAGCCUGGUGUUCCUGAAUGAACUUCUGGCUAAAGUCUCAUACACCAGCAGUAUCUACCACAUAAAAAGUGGAGACCUGGCAUUCUUCAAGUUUGAAAAUCAUGAAGCUGUGUUUCCCAUUGCCAUCAAACAGCCCCAAGUCCCAGUUCUGUACGACAUGGGAACAGACAUUCGAUCUCAAGUCACCAUCCUCACAAAGACUUUCCUGAGAUACCCACAGUUAAAGGUGCUGUUGGCCAGCAUUCGACAGUUCUACCCUAACAUAACAGUCAUAAUCGCAGACGACAGCUUUGAACCAGAACACAUCUCUGGAGAAAAUAUCCAGCAGUACAUCAUGCCUCCAGCUCAGGGCUGGUUCGCCGGUAGGAAUCUGGCUGUUUCCCAGGUGGUCACCAAAUACUUCUUGUGGGUGGAUGAUGACUUUUUAUUUACACAGAACACAAAGAUUGAGGAAUUUGUAAAGGUGAUGGAGGCUGUCCCAGAACUGGACGUGGUGGGAGGCUCAGUCGAAGGGAGUCAAUUCUACUUUUCUAUUCUCUAUGAGGAAGGAGACGAAGUGGAAGGUGGCUGCCUGAUCAGGAAGUCUGGUGGAAAGUUCCACCCACUUCCUGGUUUCCCAAAAUGCUCUUUGGCUGAUGGAGUGGUAAAUUUCUUCCUGGCUCGGACAGAUGCAGUACGGAGGGUGGGCUUUGACCCUCAGCUGCAGCGGGUAGCUCACUCAGAGUUCUUUAUGGAUGGCCUGGGCUUACUGAUGGUCGCCACAUGUAAAGACGUGAAAAUCAGCCAUCAACGCAAAACUGAGGAAAACACCAAUCCACGCUACACAGAAUUCAGAAGACCUAAAAACAGCGACAAUAACUUUAAAUCCCAGCUUCACUAUUUCAAAAAUCAUCUCAAGUGUAUUCGUUAUUCGUAA